GCCAAUCGGGGUGCGUCCGGCGAGGCCGCAGCGUGACCGCGAGGAGGCGUCCGUUAUGCAGCGUCCCCGAUAAAUAGGGGGCCUUCGUCUCUUUGGGAUCAGGUGGUGGACAGCUCCUCCUGAGAUUUCCCUCUCGUUCCUUUCCCUCUCUUCCCCCUCACAUCAAGAUGGGGCUGUCUUUCACCAAACUCUUCAGUCGGCUUUUUGCGAAGAAAGAGAUGCGUAUUCUCAUGGUAGGCCUUGAUGCUGCUGGUAAGACCACCAUCUUGUACAAGCUGAAGCUGGGAGAGAUUGUGACCACUAUUCCUACCAUCGGAUUUAAUGUGGAGACAGUGGAAUACAAGAACAUCAGCUUCACUGUGUGGGAUGUUGGUGGUCAGGACAAGAUCAGACCUCUGUGGAGACAUUACUUCCAGAAUACUCAGGGCCUUAUCUUCGUUGUUGACAGUAAUGACAGAGAUCGUAUUGUUGAGGCUAGAGAUGAAUUGCACAGGAUGCUUAAUGAGGAUGAAUUGAGAGAUGCGGUGCUGCUUGUCUUUGCGAACAAGCAAGAUCUUCCUAAUGCCAUGAAUGCUGCAGAGAUCACUGAUAAGCUUGGCUUGCAUUCCCUCCGCCAACGUCACUGGUACAUCCAGAGCACAUGUGCCACAUCUGGGGAGGGUCUUUACGAGGGACUGGACUGGCUCUCAAACAACAUUGCUAACAAGGCAUAAACAUUUCUGGUUGGAUACCUCACUGGAGCUUAAACCAUUGUUAAGAUGUUCUGUUAACUAAAUGUUGUAUUUGCUUGAGCUGUGAAUCAAUUUGCUUAUGUUUCUACCUUCGCGGACUUUUAGCAUUUGUCAUCUCAUCUAGACCAACAAUGAUCUGGAAAUUUGUUCUCCUUACCUAGAUGUUAAAUAUUUGCCUUUUCUUUUUAUUUUUUUCUUUA